AUGUCGUGUGGCUCUGCUGAGCUGAGCUGCACGCCACUCCGCAGACCGAUCUCGGGCUGAAGUUGGGGUAUUUCAUUCGGGAUGCAUUUGUUUCACCAACGAGAUUAGCAGACAAUCGUUUGUUUCUUGUUGUACUUUUUUUUUUUUUUACUUACUAUCCGCGUUCACUACGUUAAACGGGGAAAAACGUAAUCUGCGGAUCUAUCAAUACUGAAAGGACUCAAUCUGAACUCAAGAUGUCAAUCUUGCCUUUCACUCCCCCCAUAGUCAAAAGACUUUUAGGUUGGAAGAAGGGGGAACAAAACGGCCAGGAAGAGAAAUGGUGUGAAAAGGCGGUGAAAAGUUUGGUGAAGAAAUUGAAGAAAACGGGGCAGCUAGACGAGCUGGAGAAAGCCAUCACCACUCAGAACAUCAACACUAAAUGCAUCACAAUACCGAGGUCACUGGAUGGCCGCCUGCAGGUGUCCCACAGGAAGGGCCUGCCCCACGUCAUCUACUGCCGGCUCUGGCGCUGGCCCGACCUGCAGUCGCACCACGAGCUGCGGGCCGUGGAGCUGUGCGAGUACGCCUUCCACACCAAGAAGGACGAGGUGUGCGUCAACCCCUACCACUACCAGAGGGUGGAGACCCCCGUGCUUCCUCCGGUGCUGGUACCCCGACACACAGAGAUCCCGAGCGAGUUCCCUCCGCUGGAUGACUACAGCCACUCCAUCCCAGAGAACACCAACUUCCCCGCUGGCAUCGAGCCCCAGAGCAACUACAUACCAGAAACCCCCCCGCCAGGCUACCUGAGUGAGGACGGGGAGGCCAGCGACCACCAGAUGAACCACAGCAUGGACACCUGCUCCCCUAGCCUGUCCCCCAACCCUGUCUCCCCCACACAGAACAGCCUGGACCUCCAGCCUGUGACGUACUGCGAGCCGGCCUUCUGGUGCUCCAUCUCCUACUAUGAGCUCAACCAGCGCGUGGGCGAGACCUUCCACGCCUCGCAGCCCUCGCUCACCGUGGACGGCUUCACGGACCCGUCCAACUCGGAGCGCUUCUGCCUGGGCCUGCUUUCCAACGUGAACCGCAACGCCGCGGUGGAGCUCACGCGACGCCACAUCGGCCGCGGCGUGCGGCUGUACUACAUCGGUGGGGAGGUGUUUGCCGAGUGCCUCAGCGACAGCGCCAUCUUCGUCCAGAGUCCCAACUGUAACCAGCGCUACGGCUGGCACCCGGCCACCGUCUGCAAGAUCCCCCCAGGCUGUAACCUGAAGAUCUUCAACAACCAGGAGUUCGCCGCCCUGCUGGCCCAGUCGGUGAACCAGGGCUUCGAGGCCGUGUACCAGCUCACCAGGAUGUGCACCAUACGGAUGAGCUUCGUCAAGGGCUGGGGCGCUGAGUACCGGCGCCAGACGGUGACCAGCACCCCCUGCUGGAUCGAGCUGCACCUCAACGGGCCGCUGCAGUGGCUGGACAAGGUGCUCACGCAGAUGGGCUCCCCCAGCAUCCGCUGCUCCAGUGUGUCCUAGGCUGCACCUGUCCUCCGCACGGCGCACACCUCCCCCCUCCAUGCACAGACUAAAACUGACCACGCACACACACACGCAUGCACACACACAUACACACACACAUACA